ACGAUAGCUAGGCAGGGUAUAAAAGCGGAAAAGCAACGCAGACGUUUUCAGUCCGAGUCUACCUGUCGGGAAAUUGAUAUGGUCGCGAUAUCGUUCUAAGCUUUCUACAAAUCUUAAACCAUGGGUUUUAUGUGCGUAGUCCUUGUUUUGGUGUUUCUGGAUUUUACCUGUGGCAAUCCAGCGCUCAACAUAAUUCGUUAUCGGGAAGAUGUCGACGAAUGGUUGAAUAAAGUGGACAACGAUUUGCUGGAGUUUAAUCAAAUUUGUACAAAACUAACUUGGGACAUGAUGGUUUACGGAGCGGAUGAGAACGCAAAAACUAAAACGAAAGCAAUCGCACAAGCGCGCCUCGCGUGGAAAAAUAAAAUAUGCGAUGUACAUUUUAAUUCCGAAUUAUUAACUGAUGAACAAAAGCGGAAAUUAUAUUUAUUGUGCCGUGGACCAAAAUUUACGGAAGCAUCUGCUAAAGUGGAAAUGGAAGUAUUAAGUUUAAUGCAUAUGGCGUAUGAUCUACAAGUGUGUUUCAAUUCAUCGGCUCCCACGCCAUUGGAAAAAUUACGAAAUCCUGAACAAGAUAAUUUUGGAUAUCCGCAACCCGGUGAGUGUCUAAUGGCCGAACCCGAUUUAGAAUAUCUCAUCAAAAGACAAGAUUUCAAUCCGGACCAAUUAGCAUUUUUGUGGUAUACAUUUUAUGAUAAUAUCGCAUCUUCAAUGCGAGAAAUAUUCCCGAGAGUAGUAAAAAGUCAAAACAUUGUGGCAUCUGCAAAUGGAUACGAAGACAUGGGUGCUUUAUGGCGUGAUGAAUUAGAAAUGCCUGAUAUUGAACUUCAAGUAGAAGAGUUCUAUAGAGAGAUUCGUCCACUCUACGAGAUUUUUCAUAGCGUCAUCAGACACAAGCUACUCAUAAAAUACGGACGAGAACAAAUUGAUCCGACGGGACUCAUCCCGAUUCAUUUAACAGGUAAUAUGUGGGGUCAGAAUUGGGGAGCUUUGAUUGGUCUAUUCUUCAGUAGUAACAAAAGUUUAGAUUUGGACAAACGACUUAAAGAGAAAAACUGGUCGGUGAGUGAAAUGGCAGAAGAGGCUGAAGAUUUUUAUACAUCGCUUGGUUUACCGGCGAUGACAGAUAAGUUUUGGAAAUAUUCAAUUUUUGAAGAACGUGAGAAUUCCACAAUGUGUCAUGGUACCGCAGCAAAUAUGUUCAAUGAUGAUGAUUAUAGAAUUUUACUUUGUGCAAAAGUAAAUAUGGAAGAUUUUUAUGUGAUUCAUCAUGAGAUGGGGCAUAUUGAAUAUAAUAUGGCUUACGCUCAUCAACCUGCUGUUUAUCGAGAAGGAACAAAUUCUGCAUUUCAUGAAAGUAUUGGUGAUGUAAUAAUGCAUGGUGUAAUGGUACCACAACAUUUGCAUCGGUUGAAUUUGCUCACUGACGAAGAACUCCUCUCUCCAGAUAUCGAUAUGUUUCUAUUACUGCAUCAAGCGCUCAGUAAAAUACCCGAAAUACCGUUUGGUCUCUUAGUGGACGAAUACAGAUGGAACAUAUUCAACGGAAAAAUUGCUGAGGAAAACUACAAUAAAGUAUACUGGAAGAUGAAUGAAGAACUACGCGGUAUCAAAGCACCUGAAGUACGCAGUGAAGAGUUUUUCGAUGCAGGCGCCAAGUUUCACGUUCCUGAUAACACCCCAUACAUACGAUACUUUCUGAGUAGCAUCCUACAAAUGCAAAUCUUCAAGGGACUAUGUGACUUGUCCUUAUUUGGGAAAUUUCAAAAUGAUGCCGGCGCUUCGAUGAAAGCCGAGGAGAUUAAGAUGCCGUUGCAUCGCUGCGAUAUAUACGGGUGCAAAAAGUGCGGCAAGUUGUUAGAGCAAGCAAUGUCAUUAGGUGUGAGUGUGCAUUGGACCCAGGUGCUCAAAAUGCUUACUGGGCAAGACUACAUAUCGACAAAACCUCUUCUUGAUUAUUACCUACCCGUGUACGAAUGGCUAAAAAAAUACGUUGAAGUGAACGACAUUCCGAUUGGCUGGUAAUCGCUCCCCGGUCCCAUAAUACGCUUCAUUCAAUUGACUUCUAAAGGAACUAUCAUGAACUGUCAUUCAUAAAUAUAUGAGUGGUAUAAAUAA